AAAGAUUACUAAUAUCAGAUUUAGUAAUAUUCACAUUUAUUCCUAAGAUAUUAGAUACAUACACAAUGUCCGAUAACAUAGAACAACCAGUCGAACCACAACAGCAGGAGGAAGAAGAAGAAUACAUAGAUGUUAACGAAGUAGAAGAAGUGGUUGCUGAGGAUAAUGGGCCUGUACCUGAAGAUCUCGAUGAAGAGUUCGAUGAAGAUAUGGACAUGGAAGGAGCAGAAACUUUAGAAAUUGACAUGUCUAAUAACUCAUGGACUUAUUUCGAUCAACAUAAAGACAGUAUAUUUACAAUUUUCAAACACCCAUCUUUACCUAUGGUUGUUACCGGUGGUGGUGAUAACACUGCAUACUUAUGGACUACUCAUUCCCAACCACCUAAGUUUGUGGGCGAAUUAAAAGGACACAAGGAAUCGGUUAUUUCCGGUGGAUUCACUGCUGAUGGUAAGUACGUAGUUACUGGAGAUAUGAAUGGGUUCAUUCAAGUGCAUAAAGCCUCAAGAGGGGGCGAAAAAUGGAUCAAGUUUGCAGAAUUGGACGAAGUUGAAGAAAUCUUGUUUAUUGUCGUUCAUCCAACAUUACCAUAUUUUGCAUUUGGUGCUCCAGAUGGUUCUGUAUGGGUAUACCAAAUCGAUGAAUCUGGAUUAGUGCAAAUAAUGUCUGGUUUCUCCCACUCAUUAGAAUGUAAUAAUGCUAUAUUUAUUCCAGGUAAGGAUGAGAACGAAUUAACUUUAGUGUCUAUUUCCGAAGAUGGUACUAUUGUGAACUGGAAUUGUUUCACUGGUGCCGUCAAUUACAAAUUGCAACCUCACGAUGACUUCAAGGGUGUUGAAAGUCCUUGGGUCACUAUCAAAGCCUUGGGCAAUGUCAUUGCCGCUGGUGCUAGAGAUGGUCAAUUGGCUAUAAUAAAUAACGAAACUGGUAAAAUUGUUCAUUCUUUGAAAACCUUGGACAAUGUUGAAGACAUUGCUGAAUUAUCCAUUGAAGCCUUGAGUUGGUGUAAAUCCGUCCACUUAUUAGCCGUCGGGUUAGUCUCGGGUGAUUUACUUUUAUUUGACUCUCAACAAUGGAGAUUAAGAAGAACUAUAAAAGUAGACGAUGCCAUAACUAAGUUAGAAUUUGUCGAUGAAACUCCUGUAUUAAUUGGUUCAAGUAUGAAUGGUAAGAUCUAUAAGUGGGAUGCUAGAACCGGUGAAGAAUUGUUUGUUGGUGUUGGUCACAAUAUGGGUGUAUUAGACUUUGCCGUAUUAGAACAAGGUAAGAAAUUGGUAACAGCUGGUGACGAAGGUGUUUCUUUAGUUUUCCAACUGGAAUAGAUUUUUAUAUAGUUGCAGGUAUAAUAGAUGCAAAAUUUGAAAUAGCGCACGACUAUAUCUAU